GACUUGCCGAGCUUGCCCGGACACUCAGCGCCACCAGGCGGUGUUUUCGAGGGUUAGGGUUUUGCGCCGGUCGCAAAUUGCUGUCAUUUCCAAAGCUGUAUCGACGCCCGACAGCAUGCCGUCGUCGUUUGUGUGGGACCGCGACGUCUCGAGCGGCGGCUUUGUCUAUGGUGAGCGCUACACGCUCGACCCGGCGUCGCAGCACAUUCCGUUGAACGAUACGCAGACAGCGCUGCGCCCGCCACGCCCCAUCGUCCCUACCAACUUCAAGACAUUUCUCGGCCUGCCCUCGUACCGCGACGGCAACCGCUGCGGCUACACGCUCUUCACCGCCCUCUCGCGCGCGUCGCACCCCGAAUCCCUUGUGCUUGGCGUUGUCGACCAAACGCGCGCCGGUGACGUCGCGUGCGUCGACGCCUACUGCCGCCUCGCCGCCGCGCACUGGCCCAACGACACGACGUGCCGGUACCGCGAGGCCAUCCGCGUUGAUGCGCGUGACGCGGCGGCGUCGACAGGUCCGAUCGCGGCGCGCGUGCGCCUCCACGCGCUCAUCCGCGACGAGACCUUUUGCCUGGUGACCGACGCGCACAUGCAGUUUGUUUCGCACUGGGACGACGCGCUUUUGGCCGACUGGGCGCGCACCGAGAACGAGAUGGCGGUCCUCUCCGUGUACCCACUCGGCUUUGAGUCGAUUGGGCCGCAGCUGACGCCGCCAGUGACGCAGACGCGUCACAUUUGCUACUUUGCCCACGCGACGCUGUCGACAAUUCCCGACUUUGGCGCGAUUUUGCUUGACAACUCGAGUUUGCCGCAGCUCGGGGCGUUCAUCGGCGCGGGCUUUCAGUUUAGCAAGUGCCAUGCACAGACUAGGGUGCCGCUGGACGCGCGUCUGCGCUUUGUCUUUCUGGGCGAAGAGCUUUUGCGCUCGAUGCAGCUUUGGACGCACGGCUAUGAUAUCUACUCGCCGUCGCGGCAGGGCCACGUGGUCUUCCAUGACGAGUCGCGGCGCGGCAACAACGGCUCAUUUGAUGACAACGGGGGCGACGCGCGCGAUCGAGAGCGCGACUUGUCGAUCAACCGCAUGCGCCAGCAGCUGCACCUGCCCGUCCUCGGCGAGGCCGACGAGACGGAUCUUGAGAGGUACUAUCCAAAGGACACGGCUCGGUCUGUCGACGCCUACCUCGCGUUUGCGGGCAUCUCGACCACGGAUGUCGCCAAGGACCACUGGCCGUGCGACCAGCGCCACUGGGUUCCGUACACCCACCCCGAGCGGCUCCAAGCCUUCGUACCCGGCUACGACAUGAUGCGCAAGCCCUCCGUCUCCAUGGAGAGCGACCACGAAGUGUCGCUGCGUCUUGUGGCUGGCGCGGCUGUGGCGGCGCUUGCGGUGGUUGGUGGCUACGUGCUGUGGCGUCGCCGCCAAAGCGUACCCUAUACCCGAUUGGCGGUCAAGAGUGACGACGAAGAGGCUACGCUCGAUGCUAUUUGAAUGAGAGGAUACUCGGAUGCAAUGCGUCCAUGUUUCGAAAGACAAUAGUGUACACGUCGACUAGAAACUAUCGCGGAAGAGCUCAAUGAAUUCGUCGAGUUCCAAGCUCGCGUUUGCGUUCG